UUAAUUUUUAUUUCCCCCCAGGCCCUCCCGUUCUCCCGCCGAGAUGUCUCUGAACCAGACCCAGAUCAAGCAGGAGCUGACGCUGCCCCCAGGCCUGGCUAAACCCGGCCUAAAGCCGAGCCCAGAGCUCAUCCCGAGCCUUCCUCAGCAUUCCCAAAUCCCGGGAAAAGGGGAGGAGGCCAAGGACAUCCCGGUUCCCGUUUCCGUUCCCUGCUGUGCCCAGGAAAAACAGGAAUGCAAGGAAAUCCCGGAAAAACAGGAAUGUAAGGAAAUCCCAGUGAGCAUCCAGGAAAAACAGGAAUGCAAGGAAAUCCCGGAAAAAGGGGAAUGCAAGGAAAUCCCAGUGAGCAUCCAGGAAAAACAGGAAUGCAAGGAAAUCCCGGUGUGUAUCCCGGAAAAACAGGAAUGCAAGGAAAUCCUGGAAAAACAGGAAUGCCAGGAAAUCCCGGUGUCCAUCCCUGAUCCACAGCCUGACCCUGUCCCGUGUUCCCAGGAGAAGCAGCAGUGCCGGGAAAUCCCCGUGUCCAUCCCGGAAAAAAAACAGGAAUGCCAGGAAAUCCCAGUGUGCAUCCAGGAAAAACAGGAAUGCCAGGAAAUCCUGGAAAAAGGGGAAUGCAAGGAAAUCCCUGUGCCCAUCCCGGUUCCGUGCCCUGAACCCAUUCCCUGUGCCCAGGAAAAGCAGGAAUGCCAGGAAAUCCCGGUGAGCAUCCAGGAGAAACUGGAAUACAAGAAAAUCCCGGAAAAAUGGGAAUGCAAAGAAAUCCCGGAAAAAGGGGAAUGCAAGGAGAUCCCGGUGUCCAUCCCAGAAAAACAGGAGUGCAAGGAAAUCCCGGAAAAACAGGAAUGCAAGGAAAUCCCGGAAAAACAGCAGGAAUGCCAGGAAAUCCCAGAAAAACAGGAAUGCCAGGAAAUCCCAGUGUCUGUCCAGGAGAAACAGGAAUACCAGGAAAUCCCGGAAAAAUGGGAAUGCAAGGAAAUCCCGGAAAACCAGGAAUGCAAGGAAAUCCCAGUGAGCAUCCCAGAAAAACAGGAAUGCCAGGAAAUCCUGGAAAAGCAGGAAUUCCAGGAAAAGCAGGAAUUCCAGGAAAUCCCAUGUUCCCAGAAAAAGCAGGAAUUCCAGGAAAAGCAGGAAUUCCAGGAAAUCCUGGUGCCACCUCCGUGUUCCCAGAAAAAGCAGGAAUUCCAGGAAAUCCCAUGUUCCCAGAAAAAGCAGGAAUUCCAGGGAAUCCCGGAGCAGCGCUCCCUUCCCGAGAAAUUCCCAACCCUGGAGCAGCCGGGCCUGUGGCAGAAGUAG